AUGGAGCCUUAUCGGUUUGAUGAUACUAUGGAGGUGACCUCGGAUCCCCACGGUUUUCCGGCCGAUGACAUCGAAAUCGACCUCGAUGCUUAUCCAGAAAGCGAGGAUGAGGUCGACAAUGAUGUCGUUGUUGACGAUGCUUCAGCAACGGUAUCUGAUCGUCGGGAGAUGUCCCAAGAUCCAUAUGACGGCUUGAAGGAUGCCGAUAUGGCUGAUGACGACUACUCAGCAGUUAACAUGCUUGAUCUGGAAGCUGCAUCGUACCAAAAUGACCAUGAUCAUCACGAAACCGGCUGCAAUGUAGCUCCUCUCACCGAAGAUCCCUACGAAAACGAUAUGGAUGAUGACUACGAAGAAGAUAUCGAUGCUCCUAUCCCCGAUAGUCACAGUCAAGUUAAUAUUGAAAAUGAACAAGCAAAUGAUAAAGAAGAAGGACUUGAAAAUGUCGUGACGGAACCAACAUCGCCCCAAAACAAAGCUGAACCUAACCAGAAUUCCGAUAUAGAAAGAGCCCAAGCCCAUAUACAGACGGCCGCCACGGAGUCGGACAAUCUUAUUUGUUCGCAGGAACAUGAUUCGGAUCCAUUGCCCGCCGUAGUUGGGGACAUUAAUGAUGGAACAGUGAAAACGGCCGAGAUGCACCCUGCUAAACAUGCCAUAAAUGAAAUUUCCCCAAAUAAAAAGCCCCCUUCGCACACGGAGCCCGAACUCCAGGCCUUGGCCGAAGGAGAGGGUGCCAACUCUGGAGAGAUUAAUCUAGAAUCAAAUCACGAUUCAACUGUUCCAUCUCAGGAUACUUAUUAUGAAAAUUCGGAAGGGCCUACAGCUGCUGAAACGACGACGGAGGGUGACCUUGAAGCGGUUGGUAAAGACGUAGAGCCUGGGACGGCGAGUGAAAACGCAGACAAUGACAAUUUCAAUGAAAAUAAAACCGCGGUCGAAGGUGAAAGGACGGAAAGUACUGAUUUUACAGGCUACCAACAGCUACAUAAAGUGACGGUAUUGUACCAGGAAAAUGAGAUAUCAUUGUUUCCGCCAAAUGAAGAUGAUUCGUCGGAUAUGUACUUUUUGGAAGACGAAGGUUUGGCCCAUGAACCCCUAUAUCUGCUUUUCCAAGCUUUUCGUAGGGUUCUUGGAACCCAUGUAACCAUGAAAGACGAACUCGUGGUAUUCAUUGAACCAUUAUAUUUACAGCUAAGUGAGAUUGCGGUUCGAGAAUCAAACACCAGCCUACAUCAAAUUGUACAGCUUUAUCUUGACCUUUCUCGUAACGACGGUAUUGAAGAACCUGACCCAUUGUACAUCAACCUAAGCUUUAAAUCUACCUGGGAGGCAGAUUUGACUGCUCUUCGAAAUGCAGCUGAAAGUGGCCAAGGUUUAGCAAGCCUCGGACAAUGGGACGCGCAAGAUCAAACCGAAAGCACAUGUACUGAGAAUCAGAGCCGAAGCGGCCUUUCGAACCCCCCUGAAGGGGAGCGUACACUUGAAGCUGCUGAUACUGCCGAUGGUUUGAUUUCAGAUAAUUUUCAACCCGAAACUAACCCAGCGGGGACUUCUGUCUUAUCAGAUGAACAAAAAGAUAUGAAUCAAAACUCAGCUAGUCAACCACUAGGCGAACCAGAAGCUUCACAGGGGAAUGAAGAGUUCCUGAAUGAUUCAAGCACAAUCUUGAAUGAGACGCAAUCUGAAGCCAGUGGCAGUUAUGAGGACGGCAGUCAGAGCCUAAAAGAUUCCUUUGCACAAGAGGAACUUACAGCUGUCAUCAAUACUCAGAAUUAUUCUGAAGACACACAUGACACGCCAAAAGAGACAUCUGUCGCGACCUCCGGUAUAAAUAUUAGUGAAGUUAACAACGACUUUGAAGAUGGCGAAGUUGUGACAGAGGGUAACAUCCACGAAACGACCUCCGGUAUAAAUAUUAGUGAAGUUAACAACGACUUUGAAGAUGGCGAAAUUGUGACAGAGGGUAACAUCCACGAAACGAAGCCAAUAGAAGAUAACCAACAUUUACCUCCCAUUCAAAAACCUAACCCUAAAUCUCCCAUAUCACCUACAAGUGGUUCAUUUGACAAAGUAUCUGGCGAGGGUGCAACGAGCGGCACGUGGGAAGUAGCUGGUAAUGACGGGCUGAAUCUAGAAGAUGUUGGGAAAGCUCCCGAAAUGGAAAAUGGGGAUGAAACACCAGACUUAAAUAUUGAGGCAGCGGAACCUAUUUUGAAGGGCCAUAGCGAAUCCCUCGUUGAACAACAGAGAGAUACCCAGGGGGCACUUUACAAACAGGAACCCACUACACCAGGGCCGAAUAUUGAUGUUUUCGACAUUGACAUCGACCUUUUUAAAAGCCCCACGACCGAAACGGGCGAUGGUGUCCUUCCUGAAGACAACAAAAGCUCACGCCUUGGUGAAAUAAUAGCUGGGUCUAUCAUGUAUGACCAAACACAAAAGCUUCCCAGUUCCGGCCCAACGAAUGACCACAUAGAGUGGGAUUUCGUUGAUCCUGACGUUUCCGGGCAGGAUAAUCAGCCUUUGCUGGAGGAUGAUAACUCGAAAACAGUCAAGCGACCUCGGGACGACGAUAUGGUUGUUGCUCCAGAGUCUUCCGGUCCGGAUUCAAAGCGACAACGUUCCGAAUAA